AAAAAAGAAAAAUAAAUUAAGUUGGUUGAAAACCGAGAUAUCCGAGUCGGCCGGCCGGCAAUUUGAUGUUACGGUCAAAUACUGGUUGAACCGAGACCAUUGACUGUCGAGCUUCUUCUUCCCCAAACCAACCCCCCCGACCACUGAAACGCAAACACAGAGUCCAAAAAUCUUAUUAUUUUCAAACCCUAAUUCCUAAACUGAAUUCCAACAAAGAUAUCGAUUUUGGAAAUGUUAAACUGUUAAUUAAUCACAUAAAGAUGUGGAGAAUACAAAAACCGAUCCCAAUUUUGUUCACAGCGGUACUAAUUCUAGUGGUGCAAAAUGCCAUUGUAGUAGUUGUCUCAGCUCCGGCGAAAUCGCAAGCUUAUGUAAGAAGAGACCCAGGUCAUCCUCAAUGGCAUCAUGGAGCUUUUCAAGAUGUUCAGGAAACUGUCCGAUCUGAAGUCCGUGAAAUGUUGCAUUCCCAUGUCGAGGUGCCUUUUCCGGUGCCGCUUGAAGUGAAUAUAGUUCUGAUCGGUUUCAAUGGUGAUGGCGGGUACAGGUAUUCGAUUGAUUCUCAGAAAUUGGAGGAUUUUCUGAGAAGCAGUUAUCCAACUCAUAGACCAUCAUGCCUGGAGACUGGACAGCCCCUUGAUAUAGAGCAUCAUGUUGUCUACAAUGUCUUCCCUGUGGGGGAGGCAGAACUUAUUGCCCUAGAGAGCGCAGUAAAAUCCUCAUUGGAAUCUGCUGGGUCGGCUAGAGAGGUGAGAACAUACUUGAUCCUCUUAAAUACUUUCGGUUUUCUUUUUUUUUUCUCUUUUCCUGGAUAGUCAUUUUUAAGAGAUGCUGGCGUACAGGCUGAUUUUGGUAGAGAAGUUCCCUUGUUUGAGGUGGAUGCAACAAAGGUUGAAGCUGAAUUUGAGAAGCUGUAUUCGUUUCUCUUUAACAUGGACAAUAGGGGAUACUCUGCAGAACAGAUGGACAGACCAUGGCCCAUGGCAAUUUUUGUCGCAAACUUUGAUAAGGUAAGAAUUGAUCCUAGGAACAAGGAUAUCGAUCUUGAUAGUUUGAUGAAUGGAAGGAUUUCUCGUUUAAAUGAGGAAGAGAUGAAAAAACAAGAGGGCGGUUACAUCUAUCGCUACAGAUAUAAUGGAGGGGGAGCAACUCAAGUCUGGCUCAGCUCUGGCAGGUUUGUUGUGAUUGAUAUCUCUGCUGGUCCUUGUACGUAUGGCAAAAUUGAAACCGAAGAAGGAAGUGUUAGUUCUAAAACGUUACCUCGGUUGCAAAGGGCUAUUUUUCCAAAUGGUUUUGGUGAAGCUAGUGAUUCUUCCACACAUAUUACCUUUCUUGGACAGCUUGGUAAUGUGAUUGCAACAACAGUUGAACAUGUUUUAUCUCCAGAUGUUAGGUUUGAAACUGUUGAUAUGACCACGAGGCUGCUUAUACCAAUUAUUGUUCUCCAAAAUCAUAAUCGUUACAAUAUCAUGGAGAAUGGACACAAUUAUAGCAUAGAUAUUGGAGCUAUUGAGGCUGAGGUCAAGAAAAUGGUGCAUCAGGGUCAGGAAGUAGUAAUAAUUGGAGGUGUGCAUCCGUUGCAUCAUCAUGAAAAGCUGGCAAUUGCUGUUUCCAAAGCAAUGAGAGGUCAUUCCCUUCAGGAAACCAAAAAGGAUGGAAGAUUCCAUGUCCAUACGAAAACAUAUCUGGAUGGUGCUAUUCUGAAAGAGGAAAUGGAGCGGUCUGCAGAUGUCCUUGCUGCUGGCCUACUUGAUGUGUCAGAUCCAGACCUUUCAAGCAAAUUUUUCCUGCGCCAGUCCUGGUCAGAUGGAACUGAUGACACAAGUGAUUCUUUAUUAAAGCACAAACCUCUCUGGGCUACUUAUAGUCCGAAUCUAGGAAAGGACAAGAAAAAGAGAAGAGAAAUAAAGAAAAAAGGGGAUCUGUAUCGGACUUAUGGAACUAGAGUCAUUCCCGUCUUUGUAUUAUCAUUAGCUGAUGUGGAUGAACAUCUCAUGAUGGAAGAUGAAAGUCUUGUUUGGACAAGUAACGAAGUAAUCAUUGUUCUCCAGCAUCAAGGGGAAAAGAUACCAAUGAGUUAUGUCUCCGAGUUGGAGAGACGACAUGCUAUUCCAUCACAGGCACAGAGACAUAUAUUGGCGGGGUUGGCAUCUGUUGUGGGUGGAUUGAGUGCACCAUAUGAAAAGGCUUCUGAUGUGCAUGAAAGACCUGUUGUGAAUUGGCUCUGGUCAGCUGGUUGUCACCCAUUUGGACCUUUUUCUAAUACCUCAGGAAUCAGCCAAAUGCUGCAGGAUGUUGCAUUGAGGAACAGCAUCUAUGCACGUGUUGACUCUGCUCUUCAUCGAGUCAGGGAAACAUCGGAGGCUGUGCAAGCUUUUGCUUCUGAUUAUCUGAAAACCCCUCUUGGUGAACCGGUAAAGGGUAGAAGGAACAAGACAAGCACCGAGUUAUGGAUGGAAAAGUUUUAUAAGAAAACUACCAGCUUGCCGGAACCAAUUCCUCAUGAAUUAGUCGAGCGUUUGGAAAAAUACCUUGAUACCCUUGCUGAACAGCUUGUUGAUCUAGCUUCCCAGCUAUAUGAUCACAGAUUACAAGAUGCAAACUUGAAUAGUACCCAGAUUCUUCAAAGCUCCAUUUUCACCCAGCAGUACGUCGAUCAUGUGUUAGCUCGGGAGCGAGAGCAAAUGAAGUGCUGUGGCGUGGAGUACAAGCUUCCGGUACAGUCGUCGCAAAACUUCAUCUAUGCUGGAAUACUAUUAGCUGGAUUUGUUGUAUAUUUCAUUGUCAUCUACUUUUCACCAUCUGUUCGAUAAAAAUCAAACUGUGUGGCUCGUGAACUUAUUCGUGGAAGCCCAGUUUCUUUACAGAAAGAGAAUUGAGAUGUACAAUUUUGUGAGGAAUUGUAGAGAAAGAUUUCUCAUCUGGUUCAGUAUGGAAGAGGAUUUUGUAACUGAUAUUAUACUUUCCAGUAGCACAGAAUUAGAAUUAACUAUAGAAAUCCGACAUAUUGUUUGAGGUACAUGAAUUUUUGUUAGCGACAGCUCUACUUUUGAAUCCAUUUUUAAGCAUUUACGCAUUCAUUACAUGUAUUUUUGUUUUCGACGUCUCCACUUUUGAAUCUAUUUUUUAAGCACUUACAUUAGGUUCUUGGGAGCUAGUUGCCAAUUUUGUCCAUGGCUGCUUGUGCAGUUCUAGUAAAAUUAUCUCUGGCUAGUUUUAUGCAACUUUGUUUCUGCAGGUAGGUCGUAUUCCAUAUGUUACAUUUCCACAUUGUGGUUUUUAAGUGUUUUCCCUAUAAGAAUAGUUUCACAUUGGGUUUUGCUACACUCUGGACUCAAAUGGUACUAUUUUUCCCGUCAACAUACUUUGUUCCUUCACAUUUGGUUUUGCUAUACUUCGGACUCAAAUUGCUGUUCAUAUUUUUCGCUUACAACACUUUGUUCUUUAAUUGAUCAGUUACAUUUAGAUUUUUAAUUUUUCUCACCUUCCAUUGCACUUCGAUAUCACAAAUCUUAACAACAAUUUAGAACCACCUUCAUAUUUUCUAAUGGUACACAUCAAACUUACCAUGAGACCCAGAAAAAAAAAAACCCUUAAAAAGAUGUAAACUUGAGCUGCAAUUACAAAAGGUUAUGAGGGGAUAGAUCAGAAGUAGCUUUCUAGGCUGCAUUGUCCAUCAAACUGCAGCUAAUUAGCUGCUCAGAGCCCAGUGCAAUCAUCAUAUCUAAUUCAACCCCUCCAAAGAUCCCAGAAUACUGACCAAAAAAAAAUGACGUGAAUGAAAAAAAAAAAGUUUCUAAUUAGAUUUUUGGAGUGAAUCCUCAGCAUAAAAGCUUGUAUUUGUCAUCAAUAUUAGACAUUCAGGUCUCAAAGAUUUGCAUGCCAUCAUAGGAAUCCUUCCUCCCAACAUCAAACAAACAAAACAAAAACUCAAAUCUUGUAAACAAUGGUUGAAAACCCAAAUCCAUGACCAUGAAUUAAAGCAUCAGAAAAGGAGAAAUUUGGAAGGAACUUAUUCACUGGGCCCAGCAGCAAUAGGCGAAGCGACUCAACGUUCCUGCCACUAAAUCUCUGCCUCGCUAUAUCAAAAAAGAUUUGAGAUUGAAAACCCAGAAAAACAUAAUCUCUUAUGGGUGCCAAUAAGGAGGCAAUAUUAUUCAUAUGAAACCAAAAAAAAAACAGAGAGAAUUUACAGAGUCGAAAUAAAAAGGGAGAAAACAAAAGGGGGCUUGAUUGU